AUGUCGCAUCCCAUUUCUACCAAUAUGGAAUAUUUCAAAAAGGUCCACCCCCUCCACAACAGCAACAGCCAUCAUCACCAUCAUCAUCAUCAUCAUGGCACCAAAACGUCAUAUUACGAGCGAGGAGGAUACGAGGAAGAUGAUGAACAUAGUGACUUUGUCGAUGACGAACGUAGCGAUACAGAGGAAGAGGCAGCAGAAACAGCAGCGAGUAAAUGGCACUCUAUUUUUCGUCGCAUGUCCAUCAACAUUCAAAGAGAUGAAGGCACACCAGAUAAAGACAUUGCAUCAGGAACGGCCGCCAAUCCAUCGGAUCAUGAAAGAACGUUGAUGCUGAAUAUACCGCAUAGCGAUGGCAGUGAAGUGUGUGAAACGUUCGAGGACGAUACACUGCCCACAGUCGAGCAGGUUGCAGUGGAUUGUGUGAAUGCACAGGACCCUCCUUAUACACGCUAUUUUGAGAAUCCCUUCGAGUCAGAUUCCACCUCGACAGAUGAUACAAUGUAUGUGGCUGCCACGGCAAAUGAGAUGAAGCAAUUGCAAGUGCAUCCGCUAAGCCAUGCUCCAGCAGCCACAAAUGGUGGUGGUCAUGGUUUAGUGGUGCCAGAAAAGAAAAAGGUACAUGGUGCCAUGUUCACAUCCACGCCUGACAGCGCGAUGAAAAAUGAUGCACCACAAGUAGCAGCUAGCAACAAGGCAAAGAUGCAGUGGGCAAAAACCUUUGAAAAGAUCAAGGUCGUCAACAGUUUGGGCGGCAAUAAUCAAAGAAGAUCCAGCUCGGCACACUAUACAACUACAAGACAGCCAUUAGCACCUUACUAUCCAUCUGCAUUUACACCUGGCUAUCUCUCACUAAUGUGCAGAGACGAGCAUGGCAGAAAAGCACCUCCGAUAUUGUUUGACGCCUUGAAUGUGUCUAUUACGGAUUCCGAGAUUGACCACAGCGCCAUUCAUCGAUUAUGGACAUUUCGCAUCGAGCUUCAGUAUGGAGAAAUCAAAUGGGUGAUCAACCGCACCAUCAUUGAAUUCUACAACCUUCAUCUGACACUCAAGUUUAAAUACAUUUCUGGUUUUAUUUCAGAGCCUCCGCCUUCGUUUCCCAGUCAAUUAGCACAUCUUACAAAUGCAGCCUUGACGUCCAUGCGUAUAGCUCGAGAGGAAGAAGACGGUGUCUGGCGAGACGUUGCACUCAAACGCCGAGAUGCGCUGGAAGUGUAUCUCAAGGCGCUGAUUCAGGGAGCCAGCAUGCUUGUCAACUAUGAACUGUGCGAAUUCCUAGAGUUGAGUGCCAUCUCGAUUGUCAAGGAUAUGGGCUGGAAGGGCAAAGAAGGCUACCUGGAGUACAACUUGAAUCCAUCUUCUAUGAGGCUGUUCCGCUGGCAUCGAUGGCAGAAGGAAUGGCUGAUUCUGCGUGAUUCGUACAUUGCAUUCUGUAAAGACAUUGGAUCAACAGCUCCUGCGGAUGUUCUCCUGUUUGAUAAACACCUCAAAGUAGUACGAACGCAGAGCACGUUUGGAUCCAUUCAUCAAACCCAUUUCAUCAUAUCAAAUUCAUCCAGACGAAUCGAGGUCAAGGCACCCACUUCCAAGCACAUUGAAGAGUGGAUAGAGAACUUGGAUAAGGUGCAGAAAGAGUCUCCAUGGAUUAUGAAUCACCGGUUUGGGUCGUAUGCUCCAGUCAGAGAAAAUGCAAAGGCCAAGUGGUUUGUAGAUGGGCACGAUUAUUUUGAAGCAGUGGCUCAAGCGAUUUUAUCAGCCAAGUCAGAGAUAUACAUUGAAGAUUGGUGGCUAAGCCCCCAACUGUAUUUGCGUCGGCCAUCCAAAGGUAAUGAGGAAUACCGUCUGGAUAGACUCUUGAAGAGAAAAGCUUGCGAGGGAGUGAUGAUUUACAUUGUGAUUUACAAGAAUGUAUCUGUUGCUCUGCCACUGGAUUCUCAGCACACACGAGACUGGAUGCACCACGUCCAUCCCAACAUCAUUGUGCAAAGACAUGCGAACCUUACCUCUUCACCCUUCUGGGCUCACCACGAGAAAAUUCUGGUUGUUGAUUAUAGACUUGCGUUUGUGGGCGGAUUGGAUCUAUGCUUUGGCCGUUACGAUACGUCCAAGCACGAUUUAACAGACUACAAGUCAUCUGACGAAAAGGAGGUGUUUCCCGGCCAAGAUUACUCCAACCCAAGAAUUAAGGACUUUCAUAAAGUGAGCCAGUAUGACAUGGAACUGAUUGAUAAGCAAUGUGCGCCCAGAAUGCCUUGGCAUGACAUUCACACAGCAAUGAUUGGGCCACCUGCAAGGGACAUAGCACGCCAUUUCAUACAGAGAUGGAACUUUAUCAAGUCCAAUCGAGCCAAGGAAAGAAGCGAAGUGCCCUUCUUGCUCCCCAAAGGCGAAUACGUGGCUGCCAGAGAUGAGACCAAGUUUAAGGGAACAUGCCGAAUUCAAGUAUUGAGAAGCAGCGCUGAAUGGAGUCUGGGUAUUACUAGAGAAUAUUCCAUUUACAGUGCUUACAUGGAGUGUAUUUUCAAAGCAAAGCACUUUAUAUACAUUGAGAACCAGUUCUUCAUAACGACAACAAGCCCUCAUGACAAGCUCAUCAAGAACAAGAUUGGACAAGCCAUUGUAGAGAGAAUCAAACGAGCACAUCGGGAGAAACAGAAAUUUAGAGUGAUUGUAGUCAUCCCAAUAGCGCCUGGGUUUGAGGGUGAUUUCAUUCAAGUCGAUCGUAAAUCGAUGCCAUUGAGAUCCGUAGCGCAAUAUCAGUAUCGAUCCAUUUCACGUGGAAAGUACUCUGUAUUUGAACAGUUACGCAAAGCCAACGUCCCGAUCAAGGAUUACAUUGGCUUCUACAGUCUUCGAAACUGGGGAAAAGUCAAGAAAUCCACGCCUAAGCCUGUACCCAUCAUGAAAGAUGAGUUUGGUCAAAUCAUCCCGCCUCCGCCCCCGCCGCCACCACCACCACCACCUCCACCUCCACCACUUCAACCUCGCAGCAAAAGAAGGAUAAGGCCUCGAUCAUCUAGUCAGAACAAGUCAAACGAGGAUUUCCAGCAGCAACUGCAAUUAGAGCGUGCCUUGUUGGAGCAACAGCAGUACAAUGAUGGCCGCAUGGAUUUUGUGACGGAACAAGUUUACAUCCAUACGAAAUUGAUGAUAGUGGAUGACAGAACUGUGAUUUGCGGCUCAGCCAAUCUGAACGACAGGUCUCAGUUGGGAAAUCGGGAUUCAGAGAUUGCUGUGGUCAUUGAGGACACAGAUUUAGUGGAUUCUCGGAUGAAUGGACAACCAUACAAGGCAUCGAAAUACGCAUUGACACUACGCAUGCAGCUCUUUAAAGAGCACUUGGGGCUGCUCAAUGUGCAAUCUAGCAAUGAAUAUCACGUAGACGGCUAUAGAGACAUGAAGAGAGAGGAUGUUGUGGUCAUGGACCCGUUGCAUGAUGAGUUUUAUUACGAUAUUUGGAACAAGACUGCUGAGAAGAAUACGUUGGUGUAUAGAGAUGUAUUCAGAUGUGUACCUGAUGAUACAGUGCAUUCUGUUGAGCAGCAUCGUCAAUUUGUACCAGAUCCAACGCGUGUUUUACCUGGACAUGUAGCAGAACCAUGGAACCGCACCAACGAACAGAUCCAAGCAAAACUAGAUGAUAUUCAAGGGCAUUUGGUUGAGUUUCCUACUGAAUACCUCAAGAAUAUCAGUAUGACAGCAUCUGUCAUGCAAGAAGCAGUUCCUCCUAUCGUAUUUACUUGA